CUCUUCCAUGAUGACUCUUCAAUGAAUACCUUAUCUACAUUGCCUGAGUUCAUAUUGAUGAAACCCUUCUGGACCUCUGACAGCCUGAUGGAGAGCGAUUCAUUUUACUUUUUGUUCAUUUCUUGUUCCUUUGAAACAAGGCGAGUUGCUAACCUUGAUGUGCCCAAAGGUGUCGUUUAUGGCAGCGUGUCCAUUCCCGGGGAGGAAGGCCAAGCUCUGCUUGAAGCAGCGGUCAGCAAACUGUUGCAGACGUUUGCAGGAUCCGGUGAUGAACCGGCGGUGUUGUGGACACUGCGUUACACGCAGCUGGGGCUGUCGUGUGAGAAGGACAGUGAUGCGAGCAUUUGCAGCAGUGCAAGAUCUGACCGGAUUGUGUACUUCCCGCCGCCUAGUCUCGACCUUGCGUUCGAUGACAGGAUGAUCGACGCGGUCAAGGCGGCGUGGAAAACAGUGAUGGGUGAUGAGGCCCGAGAUGAAGAUUUUAUGACUUUUGAGGAUCGAGGUUUUAACUGGCUUACCAGCAUAAAUAAGGUCUUGAAGAAGAACACAGCAUGCCAAACCGUACCGCAGUUAGACGCUGUCCCAAGGAGAUGCAUACCAAUACCACGGCGGCGGACACACUUGCGUCAUGCCACCAUCAUUGCAUUGCAUGUUUAUUUAUCAUCAGGACCAGAGCUAUCAGGCUCUGGGAUACAACAACUCACGCUCAGCGGUUCAGCAGAUCUUCGAGUCAGUCUAGGUACGUACAAGUACAUGUACAAUAUCUAUCGAGUAAUAAUAUCGCUCGCAUCUGCAGAUGGUAUGACAGCCAGAGAUACUACAGUACAGCAGGCAAUAGGUUACAAAGUUACACCCGUAUCGUAUAUCAAUCAAAUCAAUAUCAAUGAAUCGGCUACUCUGUAUGCUAGAGUAGCUAGCAUAGUAGGUAAUCUCGGGAGGGAGGGCGAUCAAUCACCGAUCAAUCAUCCAUUCAGACUCGAUCUCCCGGGAAAUUGUGACCGUCGGGACUAA